AUGAAGAUCACCGCUCUCGCCAUCACUGCGCUAGCCACCGUAGCAAGCGUCGCAUCCGCUGACGACUACCAGCCGGCUCUCCGAGCACUUGCCGCACAGGAGCCAACUGCACCCAUUGCCGACACACUUGCUUCCGACCCGACCAAGCAACAAUCCCCUUCUCCUGUGGAGGCUGCUGCUGCAGCUGCCAACACGGAGCAUGAUGUCGACGAUGACAGCAAGAAGGCCAAGGAGUGGUGGGGACGACCGGGAUGGGGACAUCGCUGGGGAGGCUAUGGAUGGGGGCGUCCCUGGGGUGGCUACGGUGGUGGCUGGGGUGGAUACGGUGGCGGCUGGGGACGGUAG